AUGCCUUUAUUAGAAGAAAUCAGCGAUGCUGAAGAUAUCGAUAACAUGGACAUGGACUUGGCCGAGUUUGAUCCAAACUUGAAGACUCCAUUUGCUCCAAAACUAGAAAAGAAAAUUGUUAGAAGUCAAGAUUCUGAAGAACAACAAGAACCUCCAUUAUUUCCUUCAAUGGGGGACAUGCCAUUAGAUGGAUUAGAUGAUGAUGGUGGUAUACGGUUUGAGAACCAGAAAAAGUUCAGUGAAGAAGAGAUGGAACAACUCAAGACAUUACAAUUGAUUUAUCCAUGUUAUUUUGAUAUAAACAGAUCACAUAAACAAGGUAGACGAGUUUCCAAAGAGUUGGCAGUGUCAAAUCCAUUAGCUAAGACAAUAGCAGAUGCAUGUGUUUCAUUACAUUUGAUAUGUAUAUAUGAACCUGAAAAGACACAUCCACAAGAUUGGGGUAAUCCAGGACGUAUUAGAGUUGCAUUAAAACAUGAUGGUAAACCAGAAUCUAUAUUGGCUAAUAAUAAGCGUCAUUUAUUAAAUCAAAUUGCAAAAUUUAUGAAGAAUCAUGAAACUACACUAGAGACAAUUAAAUCUUUACCAAAGCCUCAAGAUUUUGGAUCAAAUUAUGAACCUAAAGAGAUUCCAAGAGUUAAAGGUUUUAAGAUGAAUACAAUGGUUCCAGUGUUUAGUAGAUUUACAUUAGGACAUCCAAUGACACAAAGUAUUUAUACUGAAAAAUUACCACAACCAACAGAAACUAGUCCUGCAGCAAAUACACCAAAAGCACCAAAGAAUAAAUUCAUCAAGGUGAGAAGAUAA